AUGCUUUAUCUGUCGAAAAUGAAGAAAGACCAAACAUGGUGGAUAUAUCAUAUUUUCCAUCUUCAUACGGCUAUUUUUCAGCUCUGUCGAUUUUGCACACUGGUCAGGGUACAAGAAGUAGGAGCAGAGCCAGUACAUCUGCUGGCGCUGGUGACCGUGCGACAGCAAGAGCACAAAAUCCUGGAGCUGAUCAAGGCCGAUUAUGCCGUUGUGGACAGGCAGCGAAACGGACCAAACCAUGGUCGCAUUUUCUGGACAUGCCCUAAAGAUCGGAAUGAUCCACAAAAGUGUAAAUAUUUCGAAUGGGAAGGACCGCGAAAUGAUGCGCAGCAGUGA